GUAGUUUUUAAGAAAUUGACUUUGUCAGAGGUGCAUGAAGUCCCAAGUAAUGUUUGUAUGAUAACACAAAUAAUGUGUACAGGUGCAUUCGUCUAGUGUUUUCCGCGGGUGUUAUUCUACUCAAAUAUAAAAAUGAGGUUUUGAAUGAAUUCUGUGAGUGAGCAGCCGAUUUCCUUACCGUGGUAUAGAACUCUGAGCGAUUGAGACACGCCAAUUGAAUAGUGCAUCUACACGUGUAGUUUUAAGAAAAUUAUGCCGGCAUCUACGUUAGAUCCCAUAAAUGCGGCUAUUAGAGCCUCAAUAACAAAAAAUAAUUCAGAAAACUCCUUGGAAACUCAACUAGCUAGUUCGACCAAAAAAUCUCUGCUGAACAACAUAGAUUUUGAAAAUGCUGGAAGCAUAAUUAUUGCUUGUGGUAAACAAGUUAAUGUUUUCCAAACACCGGGAGUAGACCAUAUCGUCUUGAAGCAUCGCGAGGAGGUCAAAACUAACACAAAAAUGGAAGUUAACACUGGAGAAGAAGAAACAUUGAAACAGCCCAAGUAUGAACUUUUUCCAAUGGAAUCUAUUCAGCUUGGUUGGAAUGACCUCCCAGACUGGUCUGCUGGUUGUGGAAUGAUUAACAUGGGUAAUACAUGCUAUUUGAAUUCAACUCUACAAGCGUUAUUUCAUGUGCCAGCCUUAGCAAAUUGGUUGAUUUCCGAUAAAGAACAUUAUUCUUCAUGCUAUGAAUCAGGAGGCUUCUGUAUCAUUUGUUCCAUGAGAAGAACAUUGUUAGAAUCACAAAAUUCCAAUAUGAACGCUAUUCGUCCAAUACAUAUAUAUAAUAAACUACGAUUAAUAAGCCGUAACUUUAUCUUAAACAGACAAGAGGAUGCACAUGAGUUUUUGAGACAUUUAAUCGAAGCAAUGGAAAAAGCCUAUUUGAAUCGGUUCAAAAAUAACGAACAAUUCGAUGCAAGAGUGAAGGAAACCACUCCGCUGAAUCAAAUUUUCGGCGGCUAUUUGAGGUCGGCUGUCACUUGCCAGGACUGUGGUCACGUUAGUACUACUUUCCAACAUUUCCAAGAUCUCCUCUUGGAUAUUAGAAGGGCUCAAACGGUGGAAGAGGCACUAGACGGAUAUUUUUCCAGGGAAAGAAUAGACGAUGAUACUUACCAUUGUGAAUCGUGUAGAAAAAAGGUUUCAGCAACUAAACAGUUUUCCUUGGAAAGGGCACCUGCGGUUUUAUGUGUUCAGCUGAAGAGGUUUUCAGUGACAAAUACCAAAAUCAACAGACACAUAGCUUUCCGACAGCGACUGGACCUCACUAAGCAUACCAAAAAUCGACCUUCCACCCCUUUAGUGUACAAGCUUGUUUCUAUUAUUACUCACAUAGGAUCCAGCGUGAAUUGCGGUCAUUACACAGCUAUUGGGUCUGUUCCCUCCGGAAACUUUUAUCAAUUUGAUGAUAGCAAUGCCCGGCCGAUUUCGUAUCAGGGAGUACUGAGCACCUUCGCUUACAUAUUGAUGUACGAAUUAGAAUCUCCACCAUACUCGCGAAGGAACCUCCUGCAGAAACCCAGGGUGAAAACGACCACGUCGACCGAGCCCUGUUCCAGUAAGUCCAAACCGAUCGCCAACGGGAUAGGCUUCACGAGUAACAAAGUGUACGGACCGGAACUGCCACAAAACGGACUGAUCAAGAGGAACAACGAAGCGACCAGCAUCCCUUCGAACACUGAAAAGGAACCAGAGAGCGAACUGAAAAAUGGCGAGACGCAGCCACAAAAAACUAGUCACAACACACCCGAUCAAGUUCAAGCAGCAGCGACAGUCGGCGUCGGCGACCAGAUAGUUCCGAUCAAAUCGUUAGAGACCGGUUGUUCUACUGUUAAUUCGGAAACUAAGACUAUCACUAAACUAGUGCCGUACGAGGAGGACGAUUCGAGUAGUUCAAAUGAAUCGAGUGCUGCCGACAAGUCGAACGGUGAGAAGAUCGUGUCGGACGCGAUGAACGGCAUAUGGAAGGUGAGUCCGACCGUCGAGAAUUCCUACGAACCGUCCAAGGGGACGAACUGGACGGAGAGCAGCGGCCCCCAGAACGACAAGGUGGUGAACGAGCUGUUCAAAAUGUCCUAUAAGGGUUUCUCGUCCGUGUCCACCUGGAAUGGGACCAGAUCGCGUCUGGACAAGGAGGUGGCCAACGAGAGGCGGGAAGAGAGGAAGAGGACGAUAGAAGAGGUUUCGGAUCCCAUCGAUCAGGGUCGUAAGAAACACGUCAAGACACACAACAAUUUCAAGUCCAAUCCCGGUUAUCAUCCGAUCGAGGAAUAUCACAGUUCGAAAAACUGGAAUCAUCGGAACAACAACUCCAAUUCGAGAUUCUACGGCAAUAAGCAAUUUUACAAUAAGAAUGGGCAUCGACAUAGAUACAACUUUCACCAUAAAAACUACCACAACAAGCACGCUCGUAUGUGAUUCUCAAAUGUUUUAUGAUGGUUAAAAGUAAUUAUCUAAGAAGUGGAAAACACCGUGACAAAAUGAUUUUUUAUUGAUUCCUUCCCAUGUACAGAUCAAAGUAUCCCUAUUUAUUUAUUUAUCAGUUUGACUGAUAAUGGUUCCCGAUUUUGCAAAUAAAUUUUCCUAUAUACAUAGCGAAGAAAAUAAAUCUCAAUGUAAAAAAAUCCAUAUAUACAUUUUUUUUAUUUCUUCUUUGUCUUUUUAAAUUCUGCCCUUUCUGAAAACGUAUUUGCAUCAUUAUUUUUGCAGAAUUGGUAAAACGUUCGAAUCGUAAUUUGAAUAUUUGAGUAAUUGAUAGUAGACAUAUUGUGUCGCCAUUUCUAGUUAAUUACUUUUGUUUUGUAUAUUUUAUUGAUAAGUUUCAUGAAAUUUCUCAGUGUAGACUCUGAAGUCUUUUAAUUGAAGAAUGCUCUUUUAUUCUGAUGUAUAUUUUGCAGAUAAGUUAGUAUUUUUCAAUGUGAAUGUGAGAGUAUUCAUUUUAAUUGGAAAAUGUUCAUUCAAUUUUAAAUUAUAAGCUGAACUUUUGGACCUCAAAAACAAUCUUAGAUUAGUGAAUACGAUAUAGAUGAAGUUGUUGAAGUAACUGAAUUAUAUUUAUUUUUUGCAUUUAGUAUCAUUUUGUAUAUUUUAUGUUCCUAAGAAAAUGUACAUAAUUUUUUAAGUCAUUCACACAUAAUACAAUAUUAUCAUGAGAUGAUUGUAAUUACAUAUUUCUUUAUUA